CAUGAAAUAUUAAUCAGCCCACGUAUAAUAUCAGGUCGUGAUCCGGUUUAAAGUCGGAAGGAGAGUCAGUCAUGUUCUGAAGGAAGACUGAAUGUAUACAUACGCACCAGAUUUAGUGAUUGGGUCUUCUGUGUUAUGCGUAAAUUUCACCUAAAUCAAUCAAUGCAAUUUAAUAGGAGGGAAGAAAGUAAAUGUAAAUAUUACCGUAUAUCAGGUUUUUUUCCGCGUGUAUCCAAUUUCCGCUUUGUUCGCGACGAUUUCUGAAUCGCAGAAAUUAUAUCAGCGUAAAUUUGAAACAAAGUUUUGUUUUUAUAAUAAAGUUUUUUCUUUCCUUAUGAGGUAAACAGGUAUGUAAGAGUACAAUGAACUGUUUUCAUUAAGUUUAUAGUAGAAAUUGAAGGAUCGGAGGACAAGCGGCAGAUAACAGGACUAGGUUGUUGUCAUGUACCUGUAUUUGAGACAUGGGGACUCGCUGGAGCUGCUGAAGGUGGUGCUGAAGGAUGGGUACCGCCCAAUGAUAGACGACGUGGGAAAUGAUCUACAGCUAGAGCCCGCCAUCUGGUUCAAGUCUCUUUUCAUUGACGCCAUCUUCAUUGACGGCAAUUGCCGCGAAGUUCGUGUUCGAAUGGAACCAGGUGACAGCGUCAGAGAAGUAUUGGUUUUUGAAGACUAUGAUUACAAUGAGUUAGACCCAAAAGCUCAAGAACUAUUUGAAGCUACAAGAGAGUUGUUAAUCAGCAUGGGAAGGAGAGAAUUUAGCAAGAAACAAUUUAAGACUGAAUUGUUGCGGUUGCUCCAUUGUUAUAUCAUGCCAUCUAUCUUGCUAACAGUAGACGACAUGUCUAAUCUCCAUAACGCCCUUGGCAUAGUUGAAAAGCAACUCAAAAGCAUUGAACAAACUAUUGAGGAGAAAGGCGUGGAUGUGCAUUUAAAGGAAUCCUCCUUGGCCAAAAAACGAAAGGAAAUUCUUGAGAACGAAGAUUUUACAAGUGAGACGUACAUACUUUCAUGCAAUCCCAAAUUUCUUCAAGAGUUCGAAAAACACAUAGAAAAAGAUGUCAAAGAAGCCUGCCAUGUAUUUGAUGCCAUCCAAAGAAAGGUAGAUGAAUUGAAACUGAGUAAUUCUACGGCUGAUGAACUUGGUCUGGUCCGAAAAGAACGAGAUGCCUGUCAUGAGAAUUUGGUAAAGAUUAAAACAAUUCAGGAAACCAUAAAACAUGCAAAAAAGUCAAAACAGUUGUUAGAAGCCGAUACUACGAACGACUGCCAUCAGAUUUACAUUGAGAUUAACGAACAGCUACAAGAAGAAAUGGAAGAAUUACAUCGGCUCUGCUUGCAUAAGGCCAAGAUUUCCUCGGUUCGAGAGGCUAUCAAACAAGCCUUAGAUGACUUGAAGACAGAUGGCCAGACUUUUGGUUGGCAGAUGAAAUAUGAUGGAACGGCCGAACACGAUACUGACGUCAUUGGGAUGAACUGCAAGCCAAAGGCCUGGUACACGCUAGAGGAGACGAUCUUUUCCAUUUUCGCAGACAUCACCAAUGACGUCACAGAUCGACAUUUUCGUUUCUGUUCUGGUAUACACGAUAAAAUUGCUGCAGUCUUGAAAGAAACUGAAGAUCAAGCUUCCGGAGAUAUGAUCGGGCACCGUACAAUGGACAUCCCUGAAGAUGAAAAAAACGAUCCAAGAAGACAAGAAACCGUUUUUCAGUCUCCUACAGAUGCAAUAAAACGAGAGGUGAAUGAUCAUUUGUUGAGUAUGGUUAAACUUCUUUCGCUAGCCAUCUCUGAAAACAGCUUCCAUGGAACCGCCAAAUCAAACAUAAGCGGAAAAAUAGCUAUUUACUAUCAUAAUAUCUUAUGUCACAAAAUCAUGGAACCCUUAGAAUCGUUGUAUGAUAAAACAUAUGGUAGAAUAUGUGUUAAUGUGUUUAACAAAACCAAGGACAUGUCUUUCGAGGAGCUAGGUAUUGACGAACCGUGGAUACGCUAUCUGAAUGACCCUUCCGCUUCCGUUAAUGUCACAGGAGUCAAACGUCCGGAGGUCCAAGAAGGAGAAAGUCUGUACGACAUUCUACAGCCUGGACUAGAUUUGGUUCACACCCUUGUGAGGGAAACCACCAUUACUGGGAAACUGAAGAUGAUCACCAAAACUUACCGCUUUGUUGGAAACCAAGUGUCUGCUCUGAAGUCUGCAGCCUCGCUUCAGGAUUUUAAGAGCAGCCAUGACGAACUUCUCACGUUACUUAUCGUGUUGUUUACGUUCCUUGAUGAACGGGAUUUCAAACGCCUCUUUAUUCAGAUGUACUUGAUGGAGGACUUCAAACCAGGGUGCAUACUGGGGGGCGUUCAUGACUUUUCACUGACCUACUUCUUCACAGCGUUUCGGUAUUUUCAAGACAGACUACCAAGCAGGCAUACAACAUUGUACCAACGUUGAAAAUAUGUUGAUUAUGGUUAACGACGUUUAGUAACCAAAAAACAACUAACUUUAUAAGACGUUGAAAAAAAAACGUGUUGAACUUAGACAAAUAUUGAACAAACCAUGAUUUAUGAAAAUGAAAUACAGCUUUCUGAUUUGUUUUUUUGUUU